AGGGGGCGGGGCGCUGCCGGCAUCUGUAUCCCGGGCGGUGCGGCCCGGCCCGGUUCCUUCUUUCCACCGGUUUCCCUUAAGGCGGCGGACAUGGGGCGGUGCGGCGGUGUUCGUCGGGUCCUGGAGGUGGCGGUGCUGGUGACGUGCGCUUGCCUCGCUGGUGUAUGUGGUGAUGAAUUUAGCAUCUUACGAUCACCUCAAUCCGUUAUUUUUCGAGAUGGAAGUUGGCCCAUCCCUGGUGAGCGCAUCCCAGAUGUAGCUGCAUUAUCCAUGGGCUUUUCUGUUGAAGAGGACCUUCCCUGGCCUGGGCUUGCAGUGGGUGAUCUGUUUCACAGACCACGAGCUACUGUGAUGAUAACAGUGAAAGGAGUAGACAAGCUGACAUUGCCAGUUAAAGGGAUUUCUUAUCCUAUCCAGAACGCUGUUCCUUUCAGUCUUGACAGUGUUGCAAACGCUAUUCAUACUUUGUUCUCUGAGGAAACUCCUGUGGUCUUGCAGCUGGCCCCCAGUGAGGAGAGAGUGUACAUGGUGGGCAAGGCAAACUCUGUAUUUGAAGACCUUUCUGUCACACUGCGCCAACUGCGGAACCGCUUAUUCCAGGACAACUCCAUUCUCAGCUCCCUUCCUCUCAACUCCCUCAGCAGAAACAAUGAGGUUGACUUGCUCUUCCUGUCAGAACUACAAGUCCUACAUGAUAUUGCAAGCCUGCUGUCUCGACACAAGCACUUAGCCAAAGAUCACUCUCCAGACCUGUAUUCUCUGGAACUGACUGGUUUGGAAGAGGUUGGAAAGCGGUAUGGGGAAGACUCUCAGCAGUUCAAAGAUGCUUCUCAGAUUCUUGUGGACUCUUUGCAAAAGUUUGCAGAUGAGAUGUUUAAUCUGUAUAGUGGAAAUGCAGUAGUAGAAGUGGUGGCUGUAAAAGCAUUUAAUUCUCCCCUCAUGAGGAAGACUCGCUCCAUUCUCCAGUCUUCACAGGCUGAAACAGAAAAUCCAUAUAACCUUGCCUAUCCAUAUAACUACAACUACGCUGUGAUCUUCAACAUUAUUCUGUGGAUGAUGAUAGGUCUUGCUUUAGCUGUAAUAGUUAUCUCCUACAACCUGUGGAACAUGGAUCCUGGGUAUGACAGCAUUAUUUAUAGGAUGACAAAUCAGAAGAUAAGAAUGGAUUGAACUACACUGCAUUUCAUUGCAAGGAAAUGAUGAAGAGUAAGAUCUCCUUUAAAAUGCGUGGAAAACAAAUACUCUGGUAUGGUUAAUUGUGGAUUUUUUUUAAAGGUGUAUUUAUUUCUAAGUUUGUUUGUUGGGUUUUUUCCCCCCUCUAAAACCUAUUUUAAAUGUUAGUAGUAGCAGAUAGGAUUUAAAAUUUGAAAUCUGCUUGUUUAAAGAAAAAGUCCCCAAAAUAAUUGUUAUUGAAGUAACAUCAUUCCAUUUUUUUAAUUAUGUAACAUAAGUUUUGAAAUGCCCUGUACUCCCUGUGGCCCUGUGCAAAACAGAUAAAUUGAAGUUAUGAUAGCAACAAACAUAUUGUUUAAAACUUCUACACUGAAAGGUUAGAAGUUAUUACUAAAUUGUUAUGUUGUAUAUUAUGAACCAGUUGUAAAUGUUUGAUGUAAAUAUUUAUAAUGUCUGUAUGUAACCAGAAAGGAUAGUAAUUAUUCUUUAGUAAAAUACUAAAUAUAGAAGUAUUUCUACAAGAUUAUGAUUCUAGUGGCACAAAUGGCGUUUUGAUCUCAUAUUGGUAGGUGAGGUGUUGGCUGUAGACAGAAGGAUCCUUUAUCUUGAACUUUAAUGAUUUGAAGGUAAAUGACACUCAUGUGGCUGGUCUGUACAGUGAGGAGUCUGUCACUAUUGAAGUAGCAUCAGUCUGAUCAUGGUCUAAUGUCACAUACAGCUGAAAGUUCCUGUUAUGAUGCUUCAUAUUCCUUCCAUUUGUGUUGAUGUUGUUUGAAAAAAAUAAUUUCUUUUGGAUUCUAAGAGUGGACCAACACUUGACUUAAAUAUACCUGGAUUGUAGUCCUGCUUCAACCAUUCAAUAAAACAAAGAACAGUUGUUCUGGA